UCUGCGUUUGAUCAGUAGCUCGGACAUGAGAGCAAGCUUCUCGUGAACAUCCUUGAAGUGUCUAAGACCAACUGGAGUUCCACUGUCUUCUGUAGUAAAACCUUAGUUUCACUGUGAGGAUUCGCCAUGGGAGGAGCAGGAAAGAAGCUCCUAGUGAGCUCGGUCACGGAGCUUCAUCGAAAAGAGAAACAGAAGAAGAAGGCGAAAUCGGGAGGGUUCGAGUCUCUAAACCUCAGCCCUAAUGUCUACAGAGGCAUCAAGCAGAAGGGUUACAGAGUUCCCACGCCGAUUCAGCGGAAGACGAUGCCGAUUAUUCUCUCCGGCGCUGAUGUCGUCGCCAUGGCUCGGACCGGUUCCGGGAAAACCGCGGCAUUUCUUGUCCCCAUGCUGGAGAAGCUCAAAGAGCACAUGACGCAGGGAGGCGUUCGGGGUCUUAUCCUGUCCCCUACUCGUGACUUGGCUGAGCAGACAUUGAAGUUCACCAAAGAACUCGGCAAAUUUACAGAUCUUCGUGUUACCUUGCUGGUUGGUGGUGAUAGCAUGGAAGAACAGUUUGAAGAGUUAGCAAAGAAUCCGGAUAUCAUAAUUGCGACGCCUGGUAGGCUUAUGCAUCAUUUGUCCGAGGUAGAUGACAUGUCACUUCGGACCGUGGAGUAUGUGGUUUUUGACGAGGCAGAUAGUCUCUUCGGUAUGGGUUUUGCCGAACAGCUGCAUCAGAUUCUCUCCCAGUUGAGUGAGAACCGUCAGACUUUGCUUUUUAGUGCCACCUUGCCAAGUGCGCUAGCAGAAUUUGCCAAGGCCGGGUUGCGAGAUCCUCAGCUUGUCCGGCUAGAUGUGGAAUCCAAGAUAAGCCCGGAUUUGAAGCUCACGUUUUUUACAUUGCGCCAGGAAGAAAAGUAUGGAGCGUUGAUAUAUCUGGUAAGAGAGCAUAUAAGUUCGGAGCAACAGACCUUGAUAUUUGUUUCGACGAAGCAUCAUGUGGAGUUCCUUAACUCACUGUUUAGGACAGAAAAUAUCGAGCCAUCUGUAUGUUACGGUGACAUGGAUCAAGAUGCUCGGAAGAUUCACAUAUCGAGGUUCAGAGCGAGGAAGACUAUGUUGUUGAUUGUGACAGAUAUCGCUGCUAGGGGAAUUGACAUACCUUUGCUCGACAAUGUUAUAAACUGGGAUUUCCCUCCAAAACCGAAAAUUUUUGUCCAUCGGGUGGGAAGAGCUGCAAGAGCUGGUCGUACAGGUUCUGCAUAUUCCUUUGUUACACCCGAGGAUAUCCCGUAUGUGUUAGAUCUUCAUUUAUUUCUCUCAAAACCGAUCAGGCCUGCACCCGCUGAGGAUGAGGUGUUGCAGGAUAUGGAAGGGGUAAUGAACAGAAUCGACCAAGCAAUGGAAAGCGGGGAAACUGUUUACGGGCGUUUCCCUCAAAAAACCAUUGAUCUGAUUUCGGAUCGAAUUCGAGAGGUGAUUCAUUCAUCUGCUGAACUGGAUUCACUUGAAACAACAUGCACAAAAGCUUUUCGCUUGUAUUCGAAAACAAAACCCUUGCCUUCAAAAGAGUCUAUCCGGAGAGCAAAGGAUUUACCCCGAGGAGGCUUGCAUCCAAUCUUUAGAAGCAUCAUUGAAGGCGGUGAGUUAGUUGCGAUGGCAUUUUCUGAGCGCCUGAAAAGUUUCAGACCCAAGCAGACCAUUCUUGAAGCAGAAGGUGAAGCUGCCAAAUCAAAAAAUGUACAGGGUCCUUCGAGUCAAUGGGUUGAUGUGAUGAAAAAGAAGAGAGCCAUUCAUGAGAAGGUCAUUAAUAUGAGACAUCAACAGCGUCAACAGCUCUCCAUUAAUCAUCUGGAGGAUCCUGAACCUACAACUGCCUAUGUUGAGGGCAAGUUAAAGGAAAAGGAAAGCAAAGGCGGUACAAAAAGGAAGGCGAAAUGCUUCAAGGACGAAGAGUUUUAUAUUAGCUCCAUACCAAUAAACCAUCAUUCAGAGGCUGGUCUAUCUGUGAGAGGUAACGAAGGCUUUGGAGCAAAUAGGCUGGAGUCUGCUGUUUUGGACCUAGUUGCAGAUGACGGCGAAGGCAUGAAGAAGCAACAAUCAGUCUAUCACUGGGACAAGAGGAGCAAAAAGUACAUCAAACUCAACAACGGGGAUCGAGUUACAGCCAGCGGAAAGGUUAAGACAGAGAGUGGGGCUAAAGUGAAAGCCACAAAGACAGGGAUAUACAAGAAAUGGAAGGAGAGGUCUCACAAGAAAGUGUUUAGCCGAGACGGGGAUGCGGAGGGUGAUGCUACCACAAGCUCGACAGGGACAGGAGGAAGAGGAGGGAGGUUCAGAGGCGGGAGAGGGAGAAGGCAAGGAUCGGUACCGAAUGGGAAUGUGCGGUCAGAGAUCAAAGAUAUGGAGCAGGUCCGGAAGGAGAGGCUGCAGAAGGCGAAGAGAGCUGACUACCUUAAGAACAAGAAAGUUUCCAACCGUGGCAAAGGCGGAGGCGUUGGCCGUGGUGGUAAGAGAGGAGGUGGCGGCCGUGAUGGUAAGAGAGGAGGCGGUGACCGUGAUGGUAAGAGAGGAGGAGGAGGAGGAGGCCGGUAUGGUAAGAGAGGAGGAGGAGGAGGCGGCAAACGUGGAAGAGCUAAGUAAAAAGCCUUUGUCGGUGAAUUGGCAAAAGGUUUUGGUCAGUUCAUUCGUUUUAUUUGUUCUCCAAAGUCGAAUCCUUUCUGAAUGUGUCAUUUUGCCCGAUUUGGGUUUUAAAAUUUCGGUGAUGGGUUUUAAAUGAUAA